UCGAUAGUGGCUCAUUCUCUAAUCAUUUGCAUUUGUCUCAUAUUCUACAUUUAGUCUUAAAUGUUAGUUCUACCUUUAGCAUUCAGUCUUUUAAAACGUUGUUAUUUUGGGGCUUUUUGUGGAUUUAAAAAGCUUCGGGAUUGCUUAUGAGAUGUUUGGCCUUUUGUUCUUCGUGCUUAUGGCGCACAGCGCUUAUGGAGACAUGAGUUAUUCUUUUCCGGAGGAGAUGAAACGCGGAUCUGUGAUUGGAAAUAUAGCGAUGGAUCUCGGGCUUGAUGUGAACAGACUAUCAUCUCGAAAGGCUCGAAUUGCUACUGAAGGUAACAGAAAACGAUACUCUGAAAUUAAUCUGAAUACUGGAGAACUGAUCGUAGCGGAGAGGAUCGACAGAGAAAGUCUUUGUGGAAAGAAAUCUUCAUGCGUUAUAAAACAGGAGCUCGUGCUGGAAAAUCCUUUAGAGCUGCAUCGCUUCAUUCUCAACAUUGAGGAUAUAAAUGAUAAUUCACCAGAGUUCACAGAUAGUGUUAUUAAAUUUGAAAUACGGGAAUCAGCAGUCAAAGGAUCUCGUUAUUUAUUAGAUGAGGCCCAUGAUGCGGAUAUUGGUGUGAAUUCAGUGCAGUCAUAUACAUUACAAAACAAUGAACACUUUAUUCUGAGUGUCCUUACGCGGACAAAUGGAAGAAAAUAUGGAGAGCUGGUUCUUAAUAAAGAGUUGGACCGUGAGCAACAAAAAGAGGUGACUUUAAUUGUCUCUGCGGUUGAUGGCGGGACUCCACCGAGAUCAGGUACUGUAGCCAUACACGUCACUGUACUGGAUGCUAAUGAUAAUGCUCCAGUCUUUAGUCAGGCCGUCUAUAAAGUCAGUCUGCCUGAAAAUUCUCCUGUAGAUACUGUAGUGGUUACUGUGAGCGCUACUGAUGCCGACGAGGGACAAAAUGGAGAAGUGACAUAUGCUUUUGGGCAUUUAUCAGAAAGCUUGCGUGAAUUAUUUCUUGAUGCAGUUUCUGGUGAGAUUAAAUUAACAGGACUCAUUGAUUAUGAGGAGGAGAGUUCAAUCGAACUGCCUAUUCAAGCAAAAGAUGGUCAAGGAUUAGCGAGUCAUUCAACUGUAUUGAUUGAUGUUAUUGAUGUCAAUGAUAACGCCCCUGUCAUUACGAUUAAUUCCAUGAAUACCCCAAUUCCCGAGAACGCGUCACCCGGUACAGAGGUUGGCAUCAUUAAUGUGCAGGACAGAGACUCUGAGAAUAACGGACAGGUGCGCUGCUCCAUUCAGCAAAACGUCCCAUUUAAACUCGUCCCUUCAAUCAAAAAUUACUAUUCUCUGGUGACCACAGGUGAAUUAGACCGCGAGCUGGUGUCUGAUUAUAACAUCACAAUUACUGCUACUGAUGAGGGCUCUCCACCUUUAUCUUCCACUAAGAAUAUUCACUUCACUGUAGCGGACGUGAAUGAUAACCCACCUGUAUUUGAGGAGCAGAAUUACAGAGCUAAUGUGCAAGAAAAUAACAAACCGGGCUCCUCUAUUUGUUCAGUAUCAGCUACAGACCCGGACUGGAGACAGAAUGGCACUGUAGUUUAUUCUCUGUUGCCCUCUGAUGUCAAUGGCGCACCGGUGUCCUCCUUUUUAUCCAUUAACGGAGACACCGGGGUCCUUCAUGCCGUGAGGUCGUUUGAUUACGAGCAGUUGAGAAGUUUCAAAGUGCUCGUGUUAGCCAGAGACAACGGGUCUCCUCCUCUGAGCAGUAACGUGACCGUGAGUGUCUUCAUAAAGGAUGAGAAUGAUAACUCCCCUCAGAUAUUAUACCCCUCUCCGGAAGGGAACUCCUUGAUGACCGAGAUGGUCCCCAAAGCUGCGCAGGCGGGCUCCCUGGUCUCCAAGGUGAUCGCCGUGGACGCGGAUUCUGGACAGAACGCGUGGCUCUCGUAUCACAUUAUUAAAGCGACUGAUCCGGGACUUUUCACUAUCGGUGUCCACAGCGGAGAGAUCAGGACGCAGCGGGACAUUUCUGAAUCUGACAGCAUGAAACAGAACCUGAUUGUCUCCGUGAGAGAUAACGGACAGUCCUCUCUCUCAGCCACGUGCGCAUUGUAUUUACUGAUAUCAGAUAACUUGGCUGAAGUUCCAGAACUGAAAGACAUGUCUCAUGACGAGAGCAGCUCCAAACUGACGUUUUAUUUGAUCAUCGCGCUGGUGUCCGUUUCCACUUUCUUCCUCACCUUCAUCAUCAUCAUCCUGGCCGUGAGGUUUUGUCGCAGGAGAAAGCCCAGACUGUUGUUUGAUGGAGCUGUAGCCAUUCCCAGCGCGUAUCUCCCUCCAAAUUACGCAGACGUGGAGGGCGCGGGAACUCUCCGCAGCACUUACAAUUAUGACGCAUAUCUGACCACGGGCUCGCGCACUAGUGACUUCAAGUUCAUCAGAUCUUAUAAUGAGGGCACGCUGACCUCUGACCUGACUCUGAAAAAGACUCAGACUUCCGUGGAUGAUCUUGAAGGGCUUGAGGCAGAAAUGAGUGAUUCGUUCCAGCGAAUCCUCCUCAUUUCUGUAUCACGUUGUGGAUUUAGUCUUACAAUUACAUUUUCUAUUGCAUGUUGUUUGUUUGUGCAUAUUUCCAGAAUGGAUGUCCAAAGAUUCUGGUUUGCUGGUCAGAUGUUUUGCCUUUUGUUCUUCGUGCUUAUGGCGCACAGCGCUUAUGGAGACGUGAGUUAUUCUUUUCCGGAGGAGAUGAAACGCGGAUCUGUGAUUGGAAAUAUAGCGAUGGAUCUCGGGCUUGAUGUGAACAGACUAUCAUCUCGAAAGGCUCGUAUUGAUACUGAAGGUAACAGAAAACGAUAUUGUGACAUUAAUCUGAAUACUGGAGAACUGAUCGUAGCGGAGAGGAUCGACAGGGAGGAGAUUUGUAAUGAGGGGCUUUCAUGUUCUCUUAAUUUCGAAUUGGUUCUAGAACACCCUCUGGAAAUGCAUCGUGUUACAUUACAAAUUCAAGAUAUUAACGAUAACACACCGACAUUUCCUAAAGACGAAAUAAAGCUCGAAAUAAGUGAGAGUGCUGUUAAAGGUGCUCGGUUUCGCGUGAAUGAGGCCCAUGAUGCGGACAUAGGAAAGAAUGGCGUACAAAGAUAUUCGAUAGAAAAGAACGACCAUUUUAUUUUAUCUGUAAACACAAAGGCGGACGGGGGUAAAAAUAUUGAGUUAAUGCUGGAGAAAGAGUUGGACCGUGAGCAGCAAAAAGAGGUGAGUUUAAUUGUCACUGCGGUUGAUGGCGGGACUCCACCGAGAUCAGGUACUGUAGCCAUACACGUCACUGUACUGGAUGCUAAUGAUAAUGCUCCAGUCUUUAGUCAGGCCGUCUAUAAAGUCAGUCUGCCUGAAAAUUCUCCUGUAGAUACUGUAGUGGUUACUGUGAGCGCUACUGAUGCUGACGAGGGACAAAAUGGAAAAGUGACUUACGAGUUCAGCCGUAUCUCUAAAAUUGCAAAAGAGUUAUUUGAUCUAGAUCAAAAUAGUGGAGAGAUUAACGUUAAAGGCCCUAUUGAUUUCGAGCAGGCGUUACGGUAUGAAAUGAUUGUUGAGGGAAAGGAUGAAUCUGGGCUUUCUACGGACACCAAAGUAAUAAUAGAAAUUGCAGAUGUUAAUGACAAUGACCCUAUUAUAGUAAUUAAGUCGUUGAACAGCCCCGUGCCCGAGAAUGCGUCACCCGGUACAGAGGUUGGCAUCAUUAAUGUGCAGGACAGAGACUCUGAGAAUAACGGACAGGUGCGCUGCUCCAUUCAGCAAAACGUCCCAUUUAAACUCGUCCCUUCAAUCAAAAAUUACUAUUCUCUGGUGACCACAGGUGAAUUAGACCGCGAGCUGGUGUCUGAUUAUAACAUCACAAUUACUGCUACUGAUGAGGGCUCUCCACCUUUAUCUUCCACUAAGAAUAUUCACUUCAAUGUAGCUGACGUGAAUGAUAACCCACCUGUAUUUGAGGAGCAGAAUUACAGAGCUAAUGUGCAAGAAAAUAACAAACCGGGCUCCUCUAUUUGUUCAGUAUCAGCUACAGACCCGGACUGGAGACAGAAUGGCACUGUAGUUUAUUCUCUGUUGCCCUCUGAUGUCAAUGGCGCACCGGUGUCCUCCUUUUUAUCCAUUAACGGAGACACCGGGGUCCUUCAUGCCGUGAGGUCGUUUGAUUACGAGCAGUUGAGAAGUUUCAAAGUGCUCGUGUUAGCCAGAGACAACGGGUCUCCUCCUCUGAGCAGUAACGUGACCGUGAGUGUCUUCAUAACGGAUGAGAAUGACAACUCCCCUCAGAUAUUAUACCCUCCGGAAGGGAACUCCUUGAUGACCGAGAUGGUCCCCAAAGCUGCGCAGGCGGGCUCCCUGGUCUCCAAGGUGAUCGCCGUGGACGCGGAUUCUGGACAGAACGCGUGGCUCUCGUAUCACAUUAUUAAAGCGACUGAUCCGGGACUUUUCACUAUCGGUGUCCACAGCGGAGAGAUCAGGACGCAGCGGGACAUUUCUGAAUCUGACAGCAUGAAACAGAACCUGAUUGUCUCCGUGAGAGAUAACGGACAGUCCUCUCUCUCAGCCACGUGCGCAUUGUAUUUACUGAUAUCAGAUAACUUGGCUGAAGUUCCAGAACUGAAAGACAUGUCUCAUGACGAGAGCAGCUCCAAACUGACGUUUUAUUUGAUCAUCGCGCUGGUGUCCGUUUCCACUUUCUUCCUCACCUUCAUCAUCAUCAUCCUGGCCGUGAGGUUUUGUCGCAGGAGAAAGCCCAGACUGUUGUUUGAUGGAGCUGUAGCCAUUCCCAGCGCGUAUCUCCCUCCAAAUUACGCAGACGUGGAGGGCGCGGGAACUCUCCGCAGCACUUACAAUUAUGACGCAUAUCUGACCACGGGCUCGCGCACUAGUGACUUCAAGUUCAUCAGAUCUUAUAAUGAGGGCACGCUGACCUCUGACCUGACUCUGAAAAAGACUCCGUCCUCUGUGGAUGAUCUUGAAGGGCUUGAGGCAGAAAUUGGUGAUUCGUUUCAGGAAAACCUAUGA